AUGACUUCGGGGACGACGGAGCAAGCUCAACAAGACAAUAAGCCUCACUAUAGACGCCGUAGUAGUAAUCGAAUGGAACCAAAGGCAGGCAUGUAUUUGGAGAAUGAGGAUGCCACCGCCCCAUCGCAGAGCGCUCAGGCGAACCACCGCCAAGAUACACCCUUCUCCGAGGCAUCUACAGUUGUCGGUUACGACUCCGAGAGCGACUCAGGAUCAAGCUCCGGGGGUGACCCAGGAUCAGAGUAUGAUUCCGCCUCGGAAGAUGAUUGCGCCGAUAGUGAUUUCUACGCUUUCUGUGGCUACAUGAUUGCCACGUACAAGCAUGAAGUGCCGACGGAGGCGGACCAUAGGGGCGUGGCGUGCGGGAUGAUCCAAAAGGCAGAGAAGAAUUGGCACAAGUUCUGCGCUCUUAUCGAGCGCCAGCCGGCAGAAGCGACACUAAAGCAGUGCUACGCUUCAAUAUUCAAAGCAUACCUUCAUUGGAUUUGCGUCAACUUGAGGAUUAAGGAGGAAUCUUCAGUCAGGGCACACUGGAUGGCGAUCUGCAUGUACCACUACCAUAAGACAAAGGUUUGGAUGGAGAAUGCAGUGCUAUUUGAUGUUUUCCAUUGGAUCAGUGCAGAACUCGUCCUCCAUUUCAACCUGGACACCUCGAAAAAAAGAGACUUGGACCCUGCCUACGCAGUGGGGAUCGUGGAAGAAAACCGUCGACUACUAAGGCUGAAUAGGCAUGGAGCACCGGGAAGCCAUCAGAAAGAGACUUAG